AUGUCUCACAGGCGACCUACAGAAUACGAGUGCACUGCUAACUGCACUGCUAUCAGGCUGGCGCAGUAUACUGUGGAGAUGCAUUGUAUGUGGACUUUGAAAGACUUUGCAGGUUUGCAUGCCAGUCAAACUCGUCCAAUCACAGACUGGGCAGCAGCAAAUCCAAAUCAAAGCUAUAUGAUGACACCCACUACUUAUACUAGUCACCUGAAAGCUGGAUACAUCUUCGGUGUUGGCAGAAACAUGCUUGAUAGGCUGGAAGAUGAUACAUAUGCGUAUCGGCAGAAAAUCAACCAUUACUACCCUUUCCAAGAUGAAGAUGAAUGGGAGUUAGGGAAGUUCAUGGUUGAAAACCUCACCCAGACCCAAAUGAUCAAGUUUCUGAGGCUGAAAUGGUGUAAAUAUGGAGAUUAUAUGAGCACUGAUAUGGCAUGGAAAAUCCAGGACCAUCUCCCUGUAGGACUUGAAAUGCACCUGGUCUUCCUAACUAUUGGCAACAUUGAUUCAGAUAUUUGCUCCAAAGCAACCUUGCGAGCUUGGCGGUGUAUUGCUUACAUGCCAAUUGCAAAGUUCCGCGUCCAUCCAGACUAUCAAAGCAUUCUCCAGGCGCGGUUAUGGCAUAAGUGCAUGGACCUCGUUCUCGCCAGCCUUAAGGCCACUGCAUUAGAUGGAUGUUUCAUGCCUGACCCUUCCAGAUACAUUCACUAUGUUUUUACACCCCUCAUUGCUCAUGUAUGUGACCUACCAGAGGCCUCUAUGAUUGUUGCAGUCAUGAAAAACACAUCCCCCCUGACCAUGGCGGUGCAAGGGGAUUUUGGCGAUGGGACACUUCACCCCCCUCGUACUGGGAAGCAUAUGCUACAAUGCAUUGUCGACAUCUCCCACAAAGUUGAUCCUUGGGAUCUUGACAAGUUCCAGAAGGCAGCCAAGGCUGUUAACCUGUCCAGAGUUCACAUGCUGUACUGGCAUGACUGGAUUUACACAUGUGUCACACACGUCAAGCAAAUGAUGGGUUGCGAGUACAGAGAAAUACAAUGCACUAUCUUUGUUCAUGCAAUCCAUGCCAUCGUGGAGUUCAUCUACCUUGCACAGAACUCAGUUCACUCACCUGAAACACUUCGGUCAAUGGAGCAGGCUCUUUCAGACUUUCACGUUUGCAAGGGUGCUAUUAUUGAGGCUGAAGCAAGGAAGGGGAAGAAAGGUGUCAAAGAGGAUUUUUUUAUUCCCAAACUUGAGCUAUUGCAAAGCUUUAAGGGUACUGUCCAGCGACUAGGCACUUUGAUGCAAUUCUCAGCUGAUACAACAGAAUGCUUGCUGAUCACACAUUGUAAGGAUCUUUUCUCAUGGAUGGCUCGGCAAAGCAAAGAUUUUACAGAACAGUGCGUGCAACUUCUUAACUGCCAGGAAUAUAUGGAGAUUUUUGACCUGUAUGCACUGUUGAGUUUUCAUGGGGUAUCAUUGGUCAAUGCCAUGCACGCUGAGGAGGAGGAGGUUGCAAUUACUAAUCCUGCACUCGCGUGGGUAUCCCGUGUUCUCCCUGAUGAAGUCAAGUCAGUUUGUGGUCCCCAACCAGUCCAUAACCACUUUCUCAAGGGUAUCUUCUCUGGAGAUGUGCAGACCACUUUUCAGGUCAAUAUCACUCCAGACUACAAAUCACUUGGCGAACAUACUUGCUGGGACCCCAAAUAUGGACAUUACCAGGUGUGGAACAAGUUUUGGCUCCAGCUUCACUCAGCCUUUCAGCAAUGUGUCAUCAUGCCAAGCAGGGUGGUGCAAGCAUACCCCCCAAGCAAUGAUUUCCCCCUCAGCAAUUGCGACACCAUUCUCAUUGACACCAUGGGCAUCAAUUGUUACAAACUCGGAUAG